CUGGACAACACAGAUCUGGUAAAAAAUGCCAACCUUUUCCAGUCAGCUAAUCUUCUGCUAUUCAUUUUAUAUUUGAUCUUUUAAAUUCUGAACUGUUAUGAUAGGUACACAAGGACAAUCUGACACUACACCAGACGCCUCUCAACAUGCCAAUGAUAUGUGUUCACUGAAUGAUUGGCCAUCUCAUGCCCGCCGCAAUCGUGUGCAAAUACAAAAUGGUAGUUUUGUUGAAAAUUUCAGUGCCAUGUUCUUCUAUCAGUUAAAAUUAUUACUCCUUGUAUGCUUUCCUUUGUAGAAGCUGAUGGACAAAAGAAGAGUGGACGAGGUGUUCUAAAAGGUUUAAAAGUAUCCAAGAAGCGCUUUGCCAGUGGAUCUGCAAAGCUGAAUGUUGCAUUUUCAGAUAGGUUGGGUGGUUCAACAGGAAUGAAUUAUCGUUCAUUUGUAGAUGACGUGGUAGUUUUUAUGAAAAGAAGGAUGCCACUCAUUGGUGUGAGGACGUGGGCUGACAUUCACGCUUCUGUUCAUCGACUCAUAGUUGCGGAUGUGCUUGAAAGAUGGAACUUGGAAGAUACACCAGAUAUGGAGGAUAAAAUACUUAAAAUUGCUAAAGAGCGUUACAGAGGUUGGCGGUCAACUCUUCACUCCACAUACAAGGCCUACAAUACUGAUGCCGCUCGAAUGGCUAAUGUGCCGGAGGAUUUACAGCCAGAAGAGUGGGAGUGGCUGAUUAAUUACUUUGGCACUAAUUCAAAAUUCCAGGAAACUAGCCAAAAGAACUCUGAUAAUCGCAAAAAACAAAAGGCAAUACACAGAGUUGGAUCAAAAUCUUACUCACAACUCAGUUUUGAGAAGAGAGAUUUAGAAACUGGAGAAGAGCCCGAUUGUAUAGCUCUCUGGGAACUGACUCACACAAAGAAUGGAAUAUGGUCUAACAGAGAAUCUCAGGAUGUUUAUGACAAAGCUUGUGAAGAAGUAAACCUAAAGGAAGGUGAAACUAAUGGCCCAGUUUCAACUGAAGAUAGGAACAAUAUUUUUCAGACCAACUAUAAAACCACAAUGGGAUGCAAAUCCUCACAGCCUCGUGGGUAUGGCUACAUGGCUAAACCUCCUAGACCGGCUGAUAGGUUUCGUGUUGAGCUUGAAGAGCAAUCCCGUGCUUCCCAAAGACAAAAUGCUGAGCUCAACCAGCAAGUUACGCAAUUGCAAGAUGAACUCCAAGCUGAGCGUGAAAAUACGCAGCAACAACUAGAACUUGAGCGAGCUGAACGACAACGACUGGAGGAGAGGUUACAAGAAGAUAGAAUAGAGAGGGAAAGACUUUUAGAAGAGGAACGCAGAUCAAGGCAGCUAGAAUUGCAGGCAGUUGAGGAGUCGUUCAUGAAAUUUUUUGCAGAAAUGACGGAAAUGAUGGGAUCCCAACAGACAUUAGCGCAACAGAUCGCCCCUAGGAGGAAUGGCAAGGAAAAUACUAAUCCAAAUGUCUCAAGGUCACUUUUUCAGACACCAAGUACUAAUGCCGCUCCGGGUAAAAAAAAUAUGAUUCCACCAAACCAGCUUGCUGCAGCUGCUAAACUGAACACACGCAUUUUUCGAGCUAUGAAAAUCCAUUCUUUGACUAUCUGGAACCCUGAAGAGAUCUAG